UCAUGUUAUAAUAAUGAAUUUUUCUAUUGAAGAUUUAAAUAAAUCAAUAUGUCGUUUGUGCUUGAGGUUUGAAAACUCUAAAAAAAUGGUAUCAUUAAUUGAUAAUACAAAUGAAGAUGGACUAAGUUAUUAUGGUAAAGGAGUUUCUCAGUUAUCGAAUGUUGUGAUAAAUAAAUUAGAUCCGCUACCGAACAAUAUGUGCCAAAACUGUUUGCAUCUUCUAAAACAAGCUGUGUACUUUAAACUGCAAUGCGAACACACUGAUAAAUGUUUCAAAAACAUCGCUCGUCACCACUCCGAAAAUGCAGAUAUUAUGCGAGCUGUAGUUGAUUUUGCGAAGCAGAACUUUUAUUCCAACUACAAAUAUUCAUUUUCGGCUACUUUAGAGAAAAGAGAUACUUGUAAACGUAGCAAAAAAGAUUGUGACAAAAAUAAUGAAGACAAUUUACAGUAUGACACCAAUGGUUCCAUGGAUAAUAUUUCUGUAACAAAUUCACAUUCAGAAAAUGUUGGUCAAGAUUCAAUCAAGGAAACAAAAUCAGAUUAUGCGCCAAUUGAAAAUAAUGCAAAUUAUAUUAUAGUAAAACCGCUUCAAAAAACACCAAUCUCAAAAGAAAAUGAAAUAAAAAUGUUAGAUGUUUUAGAAAAAGUAUUUGUACCAAAAGAGUGUAACAUACCAAUAAAAAAGCUAACAAAAAUGCCUAACAAAUUAAAAAAACCUGUAGUGACUGGUUUAAGAAGGAAAACAAACACUCAGUGUGACAAUAUUAUUAAGGACCUGGAAAUGCUUUACGGAUCACCAUCAAAGGAUGAGGGAGGGACCGUAGAGCCUUACAGCAAAGAUUUUAUAAGCGCAAGACGCAGAAGAAUGAAAUUUAGUCGAAAUGGGCACAAUGACACCCAGAAUGAACAAAAACAAGAUUUUAAAUGUAAUGUUUGUGGAAAGGUUUUGGCAAAUCCACACACAUAUAAACAUCAUAUGGAACGACAUACUGGUUGCAGAUACAUUUGCGAGCACUGUGGAAAAGGCUUUCCUGUAUUGAAGGAGCUCCACAUUCACCAGGUAUGUCGACACGGAACGGGCCCUGGCCUUCCAUGCUCUCAGUGCCCCUUCAAGGCCUCAAGAACAAUAGAAUUAAUAGAACAUGAACGCAUCCAUACCGGAGAACGACCAUUUGCAUGUGAAAAAUGUGGCCUCACCUUCCGCAGACGCGCAAUAUGGAGGAAGCAUCUGGUUAUUCACUCGGAAAAGACAGUGCAAUGUCCACAAUGUAACAAAAAGUUCUUCCAACGUGGUGAAAUGCUGUCGCAUGCUAAUAGCGUCCACGAGAGAGUGUAUAUGUAUAUGUGUACUAAGUGUGAUGCUACAUAUGCCAAAAGUUCAACGGUGAGACGGCAUAUGAUAGAACGGCAUGGUAUACCUCGGGAGGCACAAGGAAAAAUUAUCAGAAUUAAUAAAAAGUCCGGCAACGUAAGGAGUAAUAUUAAUGCUUAGAUAUUUUUAAGUAUUACCUAUUAAUGUUGGAGUUAUAUAAGCUAUAAAACUAUUAAACUAUGAAAUAUGAGUG